GCGCGGUGCAUUGUGGGGCGGCAAGGAGCCGAGUCACCGCUGGGUUCGGGCCGCCAUCUUGUCUCCGUCCGGAUUCGCUGCCGCCUCCGGGGCCUGCUCCUUCUCCUCAGUGAGCCGGUCGGGGGAGAGGCCCAGCCAGGCUGAUGCGCGCGUCCCCUCGCGCCUCUCUCAGGUGCCGCUAGCGUCCAGGCUUCGGGCGGGGCGGCCGCGGCCGGGGGGCUCCGCCAUGGGUCGGUCCCGCAGCCGGAGCUCGUCCCGCUCCAAGCACACCAAGAGCUCCAAGCACACCAAGAAGAACCGGAGCCGCUCGCGGUCCCGCUCCCGGGAGAAGGAGCGGGCGCGCAAGCGCUCCAAGUCCCGGGAGACCAAGCGGAACCGGCGCCGCGAGUCUCGCUCCCGGUCCCGCUCCAACACGGCCCCCUCGUCCCGCCGGGAGCGCGAGCGGGAGCGCGCCUCGUCCCCCCCGGACCGCAUCGACAUCUUCGGGCGCACGGUGAGCAAGCGCAGCAGCCUGGACGAGAAGCAGAAGCGGGAGGAGGAGGAGAAAAAAGCGGAGUUCGAGCGGCAGCGGAAAAUACGCCAACAAGAAAUUGAAGAGAAACUCAUAGAGGAAGAGACAGCCCGAAGAGUGGAAGAGCUUGUGGCUAAGCGUGUAGAGGAAGAGCUGGAGAAACGGAAGGAUGAGAUUGAGCGAGAGGUUCUCCGCAGGGUGGAGGAGGCUAAGCGCAUCAUGGAAAAACAGUUGCUCGAAGAACUCGAGCGACAGCGACAAGCUGAACUUGCGGCACAAAAAGCCAGAGAGGAGGAAGAGCGUGCAAAACGUGAGGAACUAGAGCGAAUAUUAGAAGAGAAUAAUCGAAAAAUUGCAGAAGCACAAGCUAAACUGGCUGAAGAACAAUUGAAAAUUGUUGAAGAACAAAGAAAGAUUCAUGAGGAGAGGAUGAAACUAGAACAAGAGAGGCAACGUCAGCAAAAGGAAGAGCAAAAAAUGAUCCUGGGCAAGGGAAAGUCUAGGCCAAAACUGUCUUUCUCACUAAAGAGCCAGGAUUAAAUUGGAACUCUGAACUCUUAAAAAGAAAAAUGAAACAGAAAAACUUUGUAUGGUAGCUUCAUGUUGAAGUGGUUUCUUUCACCUUUUUUGGGGGGGGGCUGGAGGGUGUCUUUUUUUUUUUUUUUUUUUUUUGAAAGUCUGGAAAGUUAGCUUGUUCUAAUAGGGGCUGUGCUCUGCAUUUCUUAAUAUUUUUUUUUUAACUUCCAUUAAGUUAAAUCCUUAUCAGAUCACUGUUGCCUUUUAGAGAGUAAUCUGUUCUCAUCCAUUUUGUUUCUGUAAUAGUGGUUUGAAGCAGAUCAGGUCACUUUAUAAAUUGUGUAUGAUCUGAUAAGGUUUUUACUGACCCACUGAUUUCAGAGUUAUACUCUGAUAUUAGUUCGAAUUUCAUGCUGGUUUUGCUGACUUUUAAUAACAAAAAAAGUUAGUAUAUGCAUCAGUAAAUUCCCAAAGUACUACUGGACCUCUGUGGUUUAUUGUUAAAUCAGUGUCCUAUGAUACUGUCCCACUGUUGCACUUGAUGUUCCUGAUACAGGUAAGGAAACGGUCAAUUCUGCUAUGAAUAUAUAGAGAGAUUGAGAGUUCAGUAUUGUCGCUUAGGUUGUUUUUAUUACAUUGACAAAAUUCAACCAGCAUUCCCCAUUGUGUAAAUAAACCAAUUUGCUGAAUAAAGUAAAGUCUUAAAUUCA